AUGACAUUAUCAAGUCUACUCAACAAAGUCGCAAGCAGGCCAGCGUCGUACCAUAAAAAGGCGAAUUACGAGUUCGGCGACGCCAUGGGGGCCGGCGCCUUUGGCGUCGUUCGCAGGGCCCGCAAUAUCAAGACAAACGAAGAUGUCGCCAUCAAAGUGAUUCUUCGCAGCAGAGUCAAAGGAAAGGAGGAUGAGAUCAUGAGCGAGCUGGAGCUGCUCAAGCAAUUGCACCACCCCCACAUCGUCACUCUCAAGGACUACUUUGAGUCUAGAGACAAGAUCUAUAUUGUGACGCAAUUAUGCACGGGCGGCGAGCUGUUUGACAGAAUCUGCGAGCAGGGUAGCUUUACUGAAAAGGCUGCGGCAAAGAUGUUCAGAGAGAUCGCCGAUGCCGUCCAAUACUUGCACCACUCUAACAUCGUUCACCGCGAUAUCAAACCGGAAAAUCUCUUGUUUGAAUCCAAAGACCCUGAAUCUGAGCUGGUUUUAUGUGACUUUGGCAUCGCUAGGCCCCUCCACGAACCCGAUGAGCUCAUUACCUCUUCGGCUGGGUCUCUCGGCUACGCUGCGCCGGAGAUCUUCAGCUCAUACGGCCACGGCAAGCCGUGCGAUGUAUGGAGUUUGGGCGUGGUUCUGUUUACGAUUCUCAGUGGCUACUCCCCAUUCCAAGCAGAAACCCCGCAAGACUUUAUGAGCGAAGUGCACCCUGGAUUCACAGUUAAAUUUCACACUCGGUACUGGAAGGACGUCAGCGAUGACGCCAAAGACCUGAUUCGCCAAAUGCUGCAGUUCCGACCCGAGAAAAGACCAACAAUUGAUGAGGUUCUACAACAUAAGUGGGUUACUGGCGCAUCCAGCGAGCUCAAUCUGUUGCCAGGCAUCAAACCUGGCCUCAGCAGCCGGGCCAGAUGGAGGCUCGCGUUUGAGCGGGUCCGCCUAGCCAAGAGAAUCCGCGAUCUCGGACUCGAGGACAGUGAUGAUGAAAGGCCCAAACCAAUGCUCAAGUUCCAUGAAGUGGUCCUGGCCGCGCAGCGAAAUAAGGAUCUGUUGACCGAAGAGUCCAAAGAACAGUCAACAGAUGCAUAG